UUUCUGAAUCUUCUAUUGUAGUUUGCACAGGACUACAGCAAAUGCUGGAUCUCCACUGCGAGAAUCAGAUCGGCUAAAUUCUUCUGGAAAGAAUGAAAGUCUCCCAGUUGAGGAACCCGAUCAAUCUAUUGAUGGCACAAAGCAGCAGUUUAACGUGUCAUUCAAUAAAUCCAGGAAAAGAAAUAAUGAUGGGUCGAAUGGAAAAAUGCACAUAGCACAACUCCAUGCCGUUCCUGGAUUUGCUUCUUUUGUUGAUGGAACUGCUCAUCUACAUAAGACAGAAGGAAAUAGGCCUGUACCUUCGCUGAAACGUGAAGUUAGUCGUGCCUGGAGCUUUAGUGCUGAAGUUGAACAAAAUCAUGGCAGGAAAUCUGAGGCACAUAUCUCUAAUAAUCAAAUUUCUAACAGUGCUGUCAAAGGAGAAAGUGGAUUAGGUUUGGAUGAAUCACAUGUCACUGAUAAACCGCUUAAUGCAGAGAAUAUUGAUCUUCAAUCACAUGAUUCAAAAAUCCCGCCAUCUUCAAGUUUUCAACCAAAUCUAAAUGAGCAGAAGGGCCCCAGGCGAACAAGCUCAUCAAGUUUUGGCUCCAAAGCUGAUGCUUCACAAAAGAUUGCUGGCGACCCUUCAAGUUUUCAAGUCCUGCCACCUUCAAAUUUUCAACCGAAUCUAAAUGAGCAGAAGGAUCCCAGUCGAACAAGGUCAUCAAGUUUUGGCUCUAAAGCUGAUGCUUUAGAAAAGAUUGCUGGCAACCCUUUAAGUCUUCAAGUCCCACUGCCUUCAACUUUUCAAACAAAUCUAAUUGAUCAGAAGGGGCCCAGGCGAACAAGGUCAUCAAGUUUUGGCUCAAAAGCUGAUGCUUCCGAAAAGAUUGCUGGUGACCCUUCAAGUCUUCAAGUCCCGCCACCUACAAGUUUUCAACCAAAUCUAAUUGAGCAGAAGGGCCUCAGGCGAGCAAGAUCAUCAAGUUUUGGCUCAAAGGCUGAUGCUUCAGAGAAGAUUGAUGGCAACACCUUGCCACCUUUUUUUGAUGAGGAACUAGAUGUUAGUUCAGUUGCUGCAGCAUCUGCAUUGGCGUUAAAGAAAGCAGUUGAGCAGGCUCAAGAAAGUAUAAGAAUUGCUAAAGAGAUAAUGGAGAGGAGAAGGGAAUGUUUUCAAGAUGAUUCUAAACAAAGUCGUAGGGGUCUCUUAAAAGUUAAGAAAAAUAAGAAGGAAAAGGGAAUUGUUCCUGAGGCAAACAUAUCAAAAAAGAACAAUGCUCCAGAAACAUAUGAAGGCCUAGAUCCUGUAUUGCCAGCAUUAAAUGAGGUAGAUAGGAAAUUUGCUUCAUUCCAUGGACUCAAAGAGCCAAUUUUUAAUGCUGGGAAGAUUGAGGAGGAAAAGCUUCAGGAAAAUGUUAAAGCAUCUGAUGAACAUGCUGAGGCAAGAAGUUCUCAUGGAUUGGAAACCACUGCAGAGAGUAGAACAGUAACUUUGGGUGCUGUACAGGUGAACAAUAGCAUCAACUCUGUGCAUUCUAUGGAUAAACUUGUAUCUGACAUUGAGGAGAUAGAACCAGUUGAGAAAACCUUGGACCGGGCUGAGGAAGUUUUUGAUUGUAAGAAAGGAGCAGCAAACGUUGCUGAACUAGGGGAUCUGGGGAGCAUUCUUGAUGCUUCCCAGAGGGUGCAAGAACUGAAGGAGAUUGUGGAUGAAGCAUGUGAACAUCUGAGUAUCAGCAAGGAUGAUGCCGGGACAGAGGAGAAACGAAAUAUUUUUGCCGAAAAUGGAAAGUGUACUGAGAAAUUUGAAUGGCGUCAGGAAAAUGUUAAUUGGGAACAGCUUGAGUUGCAGAAGUUGGCGUUUGACCAUCUGCUAAAUGAUACACAGAAUCAUCCUGAGAAGGAGAAGGAACAAGAAGCUCAGAGACAAGAACAGAUGGAGAAGAAAGUGGAAAGCGUUUCGAAGUGGAAACAAAAUUACCACCAACCUGCAAAGUGUUAUGAUGAAGAAAUUGCUUUAAUGAAAGAAGAGCCUAAUUUAUGGUUUGAAACAGAAGAGGACCCAAAAGAGGCCUUGGAGAAAGCAAUCAAUGAGAGGGAGCAAAAAGUCUUCCAAGAGGCAGGAGAAGGAGAAGUUAAAAAGAGGUUAGAUGGAGAUAAUGAACCAGAAAUUGAUGAGAAGAAACCUGACUGUGCUUAUGAUGGAGAUGAGCAAGGGAAACCAGAACAUGAAUGCGAAGUAAUUGAAGAGAGACAUGCAGAGACUUCUGAACAUGAAGCAGCUGAGACGAGGCUGAUGAACGAAAAUACAUGUGCUGAAGAUCAGAAAAUUGCAGCCUCUCUGGAGGCUGAAGAAAUGAUCAGUACACUAAGUGGAACAGGCAAAAUUGAGGAUCAUCAUGGCAUAUGUGACUUGCAGGAGGCUGUUCUUGAGAAGGACUUUGAUAUCUCUAUUGAUGCAUAUGGUGGUGGUUCAAGCAUCGUGGUCACUGGGACUCAGGAAGCGUGCACUGUUGAAUUAAAUGAUAACAGUGUAGACAAAAUUCAACAAGCAGUUGAAAGUGACAGAGAGAGAGACGGCACACUGAGAGUAACUGAAACAUCUUCUGCAAUUGUAAAAAAUGAGGAAGAAGAACCAGUUGAAGAAACCUUCCCACAGGAGGAUAAUGAAAUGCUCAAGACGGCUUCCUUGCUUCGAAGUGCUUCUGAAAUGAAUUUUGUUGCUAGCAAACUGCGUAAUGCCUUUGAAGCUCUUUCUUCUGAUGGCAAUACUGAAAAUUCCAGUGACAUAGAUGCAAGCCAUGAGGAAAAGCUGCAAAAGGACGGGGAUGCUUUCCAAACAUCUGACCAGAUCCGCAAUGCAGCUCAUGAGGAAAAUGCUAAUGAAAACGAUUGGCAAGAUCUCCCCGAGUUCCAUGCUUGUGGUGAAAAAACUACUGACCUUGAUAUCACAUAUGUAAAAGUUGCAGUAGAACAAAUUUCGGAAAGUGAUGAAGGAUUUGAAUCAAUUUCCAGUCUGGUGAACAUAGAUGACUUUUCAGUUCAUGAAACACAAGCAUUUGAAGAACAUGUGGAGAACGAGGCCUUAAGUGAGGAAGAAGAUGUAGAUUGUCUCAAAAUGACUUGUAAUAAGGUGAAAUGCGUUGAGGAACAAAACGAAGGGGUAUCCUCUGUACCCAGUGAGGCCAAACAGAAUGGGGAAUCUGUGGAAACUGAAAGUGUGACAGAAACAGGCCAAAACAUUGAAAACAAUUCAGAGGACAGAUUCUCUACCAUGGAAGACGGAGUUGCCAAAGAAAAUGUGCAUAAAGUUGAGAAGAAUGAUUGCCAGCAAAGAAUCGAAGCUAUUAAGAGGGAAAGAGAGCGAGAAAAAGAAAGAAUAGCUGUCGAAAGAGCAAUUCGUGAAGCUCGCGAGAGGGCAUUUGCUGAAGCUAGAGAAAGGGCAGAAAGGGCAGCCGUGGAGAGAGCAGCAGUCGAAGCUCGACAAAGUGCCAUGGCAGAGGCAUGUGAGAAGCUUGAGAAAGCCUCUGCAUCGGCUAGACAAUCAGCCGAUAAAGCCACCACUGAAUCCAAGCUCAGAACAGAACGCGCUGCAGUAGAGAGAGCUACAGCAGAGGCUCGUGAACGUGCUCUAGAGAAAGCAUUCUCCCAGAAAUUUUCUGGUGCCUCCAGAAAUAAUGCUUUAAAACACAGUUAUUCUUCCUCGGACCUGGAGGGGUUUGAUGGAAAUUACGAUGAAUCAGCCCAGAGGCGUAAAGCUAGAUUAGAGAGGCAUCAGAGGAUAAUGGAGCGAGCGGCAAAAGCACUUGCAGAGAAAAAUAUGCGUGAUCAUCUUGCUCAGAAAGAGCAAGCUGAGAGAAAUAGACUAGCAGAAUCUCUUGACGCUGACAUUAAGAGAUGGGCGACUGGAAAGGAGAGGAACCUACGUGCACUGCUUUCGACUUUGCAAUAUAUCCUUGGGCCAGACAGUGGUUGGCAACCAAUUUCCUUAACUGAGAUCAUCACAACUCCCGCCGUGAAGAAAGCUUACAGAAAGGCAACCCUUUAUGUACAUCCUGACAAAUUGCAGCAAAAAGGAGCUAGCAUUCAACAAAAAUACAUAUGUGAAAAGGUUUUCGAUCUUCUUAAGGCAGCGUGGAACAGAUUCAACUCAGAGGAGAGGUGAAUAAAUGACAUGCAGUGAAAAUAUCAACUGUGAGAUGCUGUGAUUGCAUUUAGCAUAGUUGUCGAAACUGAAAUUUUAGCCGUGGGAAAUGGCUAAUUUUCUGGAUAGAAUGGUGUAGGGCCUGUGACAUGCAGGUUGAUUAAAAAAUUUAAUUCUGGCUCAAAUGGUUCACUUUCUUUCCCAUGGAAGAUGAUAAAUAUGAUUGGAUUCUUCACGUCAACGUUCA